UUAAUAUUGCAAGCAGCCUCGCACACAAAAUACAAAAAAAUUGAGUUUCGCGGUUACUGCCCCAAAAAAUUCAUCUUCUUCUCCGCGUCCUACUCGCCCACCAAAAAAUCCUCUGUAGCCAAUCGCAAUUCCGUUUUCUCCAAUCGCCUCUGAGCUCCAACUCUGCUCGAUCUUCGUUUCCCAUGGUGUGAAAUCUGAAUUCGAUUCCGAGGAAUUUCCAAUUCGGUAAAUCGGAUUGAAUUAUGUCUCCUGCAAGAAAAUCAAGGAGUGUCAACAAACGAUACUCUUGUGUAAAUGAAGUCUCGCCCAACAAAGAUGGAGAUAUGUCUAAAAGAAGCAACCAACGGAAAAGGAAGUUGUCUAUGCUGGGCCCUCAGUGGAAUAAGGAAGAGCUGGGUCGUUUUUAUGAUGCAUACAGGAAAUAUGGUAAAGAUUGGAAAAAGGUGGCUGCUGCAGUGCGAAACCGAUCAGUUGAUAUGGUGGAGGCACUUUACACCAUGAAUAGGGCUUACUUAUCUCUUCCUGAGGGGACUGCUUCUGUUGUUGGGUUGAUUGCAAUGAUGACUGAUCACUAUUGCAAUUUGGCUGGAAGUGAUAGUGAACAAGAAAGCAAUGAGGGUGCAGGGACAUCUCAAAAACCUCAAAAGCGGGCUCGGGGUAAAGUUCAGGCUGGCACUUCUAAAGGUUCUGAUUUGCAGCCCCCUACAGUAGCACCAAAUUAUGGUUGUUUGUCAUUAUUGAAGAAGAAACGCUCAGGAGGGACACGACCUCGUGUUGUUGGGAAAAGGACACCACGGUUUCCAGUAUCAUAUUCUUAUGAAAAUUUUAAUAGUGGAAAGUAUUUUUCCUCUAGUAAACAAGGCUUGAAAAGAAAGUUAGAUGUUAAUGAUGAUGAAGUUGCUCAUGAAAUAGCAUUAGCUUUAGCUGAAGCUUCACAGAGAGGUGGUUCUCCCCAGGUUUCUCAGACACCAACUCGCCGAACUGAUAGUGCUUUAUCCACUCCUGCUCGCAAUGCUGAAAAGAAGCAUGUUAAUCUGGAAAUGGCCAAUUCCAAGCUUCUUAGUAGUGAAAUGGACGAGGAUGAAGGAAGCAUGGAAGCUGACACAGGAGAAGUAUCCAGGAAUAGGACUUUGAUGGAAACUGGCAGAACAAUGCAGAAGGGCAGAAGACUCUCUGGGAGAAAGUUGGAAAUUGAUGACACUGGUGACAAUCAUUUUGAUGACAUCAAGGAAGCAUGUAGUGGUACAGAAGAAGGUUAUAGGUUAGGCGCUGUAAGAGGAAAACAUGACAAAGAGGUUGCUGGUGAAAGAGUUUCAAGGGCUUCUUCUCUUGGUCUCAGAAAGAGGAGCAAAAAGGUUCUUUUUCAGAGAGAUGAAAGCUCUGCCUUUGAUGCUCUACAAACUUUGGCUGAUCUAUCGCUGAUGAUGCCAGCCACAGAAAAUGAAAAUGAUUUAAUGAUGCAGGUCAAAGAUGAAAAUGAUCACAUUGAUGAAUCUGGGACCUUGGAAGCUCUGCCUACAAACCGUCAAAGAGAGAAACGUGGAUCAUCUGGGGUUAAAACUAAAUGGAGUCAGCCGGCCUCAAGACUUGAGGUUGCAUCUAGUACAAUGCCAAAACAUGGAAAAGCUUCAGUUGAUACUAGUUCUGUUCCUGAGACAAAGCAGACGAAAAAAACACAGAAGAUAUUGACAUCUAAGGCAAGAAAAGGUGAAGCUCAUCUCACUAAUGAUAUUUCUGAACCUCAAGAUUUUGAGACUAAAGAUGCACCAAAGAAGCCAAGCAGCAAGGGUAAAAGAUCUUUGCAAAGUUCAUCACCUAAAUUGAUAAAGAACCAAGAUCAUUCCUCAAGUGCAGAUCUAAGAAUAGAAAGAAGUGAUUCGGCUCAAUCGAUUGCAGAAGUCCCUGUAGCAAACCAGGUUACCUUGCCUACUAAAGUUAGAAGUAGGCGUAAGAUGGGGAUCAAGAAACCACAAAAAGAAAAAGAUCUGACUUUUCCUGAUAGCAUUUUGGAUAACCACUGCAACUUACCCUUUGCUCCAGUUAAUGACAAAUUGUUCAAUCUUAAGAAAAAGCUUUCUAGUUGCCUUUCCAAUGAUCGUGUACGGAGAUGGUGUAUAUAUGAGUGGUUCUACAGUGCAAUUGAUUAUCCUUGGUUUGCUAAAAGGGAGUUUGUUGAAUACUUGUAUCAUGUUGGAUUAGGACAUGUUCCCAGGCUAACUCGUGUUGAAUGGGAUGUCAUAAGAAGUUCUCUUGGUAAACCACGGCGAUUUUCUGAACAAUUUUUGAAGGAGGAAAAGGAAAAGCUUAGUCAAUACCGUGAGUUUGUUAGAACACAUUACACUGAACUACGUGAGGGUACCAGGGAAGGAUUACCCACUGAUCUUGCAAGGCCAAUAUGUGUUGGACAACGCGUCAUUGCCAUCCACCCUAAAACAAGAGAAGUUCAUGACGGAAGUGUGCUGACAGUUGAUUAUUCUCGGUGCCGGGUUCAGUUUGACCGGCCUGAGCUUGGAGUUGAAUUUGUCAAUGAUAUUGAUUGUAUGCCUCUAAAUCCCAAUGAGAACAUGCCUACAUUGCUCAGAAGGAAUGGGCAUCAUGUGGACAAGUUAUUUGAGAACUUCAAUGAGCACAAGGUGAAUGAGCAAGCAAAUGACAGUGUGAAAUAUGCAUCGCGUGACAAUCUGGAGAAUGGUGAUGGUUUCCCUUGUUUGCCUUCAUCAACCUAUGCAAAAAAUAACCUAUUAAUGCAAACAGAGGUGGAUUCAGCAAAUGUUGAUGGGCAUGCAAAAAUUGGGUCAAGUGAAAUUGCCCAACAGAUGUCACAUUCUCAACCUGGUACAGUGGGACAGAACCAAGCAAAGGAAGCUGAUGUUCAAGCUCUUGCUAAGCUGACUCGUGCUCUUGACAAAAAGGAAGCUGUGAUUUCUGAGUUGAGGCGUAUGAAUGAUGACGUUUUGGAAAAUCAAAAGAGUGGUGACUGCACCCUCAAGGACUCGGAGCCUUUCAAAAAACAAUAUGCUGCUGUAAUUGUACAGUUAAAUGAAGUAAAUGAUCAGGUUUCUUCUGCUUUGUAUUGCUUGAGACAGAGGAACACAUAUCAAGGAAGCAUUUCUCUUAAUUGGCCUAGGCCAGUUGCUAAUUUUGGUGAUUCUGGUGGCAUAGUGAGCACUUUUGACUGCUACACAAAUCAAACUCAGGAACCUGGAUCUCAUAUCAACGAGAUUAUUGAAAGUUCGAAAAUAAAAGCCAGAACUAUGGUAGAUGCUGCUGUGCAGGCGAUGUCAUCACUUAAUGGAGUGGAGAACAGUACAGGGGAUGUUGAGGAUGCUAUAGAUUAUCUAAACAAUCGCAUUCCACUAGAUGAAUCUUGCUUGCUUACUAUACCUGAUUCUAAAUUGAAGAAUCCUGUGCAUGGAAACGAGGCAGACAUCCCUUCAGAACUUAUUACCCAAUGCGUUGCUACACUUCUCAUGAUCCAGAAAUGUACUGAACGGCAGUUUCCUCCAGCUGAUGUGGCAAAAAUACUGGACUCGGCAGUCGCCAGCUUGCAACCUAGCGGCUCUCACAACCUCCCUCUGUAUGCAGAAAUAGAGAAGUGCAUGGGAAUCAUAAGAACCCAAAUACUGGCGCUAAUACCAACCUAGACAUACUCUCUGUCUCAGGUCACUUGUUUUUUUAAUUUUGUAAAUUUGGAAUGUAGAUAUUAAAUAAAAUAGGUAAUUUGUUUGUCUUCAAUGAUCAGUCAUUUGAUCUUGUGUGAGUUAA